CAUUUAUGUAUAAAAAGCAUUCAAUGAGUACUUGCAUAGUACUUACCAUUAAGGUGAACAUGUUGAUGCUAUUUCUUGCAAUAACGCUUCAGGCAGGAAUCUCUCUUGCACAAGAGAACAACACCCUCUAUUGGUGUGAAUGUGCCCUAUUUAGAGAAAAUGGCUUCCAGGAUGAAAUAGAGCCACUCCUGCAGAGCCUUACCGGGGGCUUUGUGAACCUCGGCGAUCGUUUGGAGUGUAACAAUGGGGACUUGAACACAUGUGACCAGUACUGUAGAAGACAAAUCAAAAGUGAAAUAAACGGAAACUUCACAUUCGAGACUCUAGUGGGGGAUGGCUCAAAUCAUACAAAUGAAACCUAUGGAGAUCAUAUGUGUGAAAUGAUAGCGGCUAACGAUGCAACAGAGCUUCCCAUUGAAUUCCCAGGCUACCCAGUGUAUUCCUUUGCUCGUAUGCAAGAUUGUGUUACACUGGAUACAACAUGGUACACAUUCCCCGAUUCACAAUUUGACCCACCUAAUAACCUCUGCUGUAGUACAGAUGAAACUUACUUUGAUUGUAUUGCAGGAAACUUGUUGAAUAAAUAA